AUGGCACCUACGCCGCGCAAAUCCUACCCAGCCCUGGGCAUUGAGCUUGAGGGCCAGGGAACCGCCUUCUAUCCUGGAGAUACCAUCAUUGGAAAGAUUCACCGAAGGGCGCCCAUAGUCUCCGCUGAAGCUCGGAUUGAUCUCGCGUUUCAUGGGCGAACCAAAUCCAAAAUGGUCGUGAAGAGAGGCGACAAUCGUCACACAUAUCGCGGCCGCUUCACGCUUCUCCACCAAACUCAGAGUGUUUUCGCUGGCCCUGUGCAUAUCCCAGAAGGCAAUCCCAAUCAGCAAGAGUGGCCCUUUGCACUUCAGAUACCUCAGAACAUCGACGCACGCCUUUUCCCCCAGCAGUACGAUGCAAAGCAAUCCUUUAUACCAAUAGAUCCUGCGUACGUUGGCGACCAACCACUUCCAGCCUCCUUCUACAGCGGCUGGGGCAGUAGAGAGGGCUUCAUCGAGUAUUACAUCGAGGCCACCCUUCGCUUUCAGAGAAAGGGGUCUUGGGAUGAGAUGACCGCCACGAUGCCCAUCCACAUCUUGGCCUUCAACCCGAACCCUCCAAUUGUUGAUUUUCAUCUACAGUGUAUUGCUCGCCCGGGGUCGGUCUGCACGCAACGCCUCGUCCCUGGAAUGGAAAAUGCGGAGCUUUCAAAGACAGAAAAGAUGAAAAAGUUCUUUGGCACCAAGUCAGUACCGGCAUUCUUCUUCAAGCUGGACGUGAGCGUGCCGUCUGUAAUACAGCUUGGCCAUUAUCCGAUCCCCGUCUUGAUGCGAUUGACACCAAACUGGCCAAAUACUAGCGAGAUCAUCCGGAACGUGCAACAAAAGCCGAAUCUUAUCUCUUUCAAAGCCACGCUCGAGUCCUGGUGUGACAUCAGGUGCGAUGGCUAUUUCCGCGCGCACGAGACGGACUGGAAGGAGAAGUUGGAUCUGCAGAGCGAGGCAUACGGAGGCCGUAGAGUCACCGUGGAGAUCCCAUGUUCUGACAAGGCAUCGCGUAUAGACGUUGGCAAGGCACUUAAUUUACGAAUCGGCGGGCAUACGGGCACGAGUUCGGCUUUUCAUGACUUUACCACGUUCAAUGUCAGCCUCAGUCAUCAGUUGUCAUGGACUGCCAAAUGUGAGAUUGCCGGUGAGGACUGGACCAUUCACGGGUCGCAACCGGUCAAGGUUUUGCCGCAAACCAGCGACGGGAGACCGGGAGGUUUUACACAAUCACAGUCUGCCACAGCCCAGAUGGCAGAGUCAUGGAUGGUACCGCCUGCUGAGGUGGAGCCUCCGCCGACGUUUGCAGAGGUUGAGAGGGAUGAUAAGAAGCAAAGAAAUGCUAAGACAUCGGGCGAAGGAGUUGGGAGUUCAAGCAGGAGCGGGCAAGGAAACUUGGAUGAUUUUGGCUAUCCCAAAGAAAAGCGAUAA